AUGCUCCGCCUCCGUGGCUGCAUCCUCGUGCGGCUCCUCUCUUCUCCAGCCACCUCUCAGGGCCCCCCUCUCCACCGCCCCCUCUCCGCGGCCGCCGCGCCCGCCGUUUCCCCAAACCCUAGCUUCGUCGUCGACGACUACCUCGUCUCCACCUGCGGCCUCACCCGAGCGCAGGCCCUCAAGGCCUCCGCCAAGCUCUCCCACCUCAAGUCCCCCACCAAGCCCGACGCCGUCCUCGCCUUCCUCGCCGGCCUCGGCGUCUCCGCCGCCGAUGUCGCCUCCCUCGUCGCCAAGGACCCGCUGUUCCUCUGCGCCAGCGCGGAGAAAACCCUGGCCCCCGUCGUAGUCGAGCUCGCCGGCCUCGGCCUGUCGCAUUCCGAGAUCGCGCGCCUCGUCCCGCUCUCCUUCCUCCACUUCCGCUCCAGGUCCAUUGUUUCCAAGCUGCAGUACUACCUGCCCCUGUUCGGCUCCUCGGAGAACCUCUUCCGGGUGCUCAAGCUCGGCUACCUCGCCGGUGCUGACAUCGAGGGGACGGUCAAGCCCAACGUCGCGCUCCUACGGCAGUGCGGGCUAGACGACUGCGAUAUCACCAAGCUGUCCCUCACUAAGCGUGGAGUCCUGAGCAGCAAGCCAGAGCGCGUCGGGGCGAUGGUGGCAUGCGCCGAAGGCCUUGGCGUGCCUCGUGGCUCGGGGAUGUUCAGGCACGCGUUGGAUGCUGUCGGAUUCAUCGGUCAGGAGAAGAUCGCCGCCAAAGUGGCCUACUUGAAGAAGACUUUCAGGUGGUCAGACGCUGAGGUGAGCAUUGCUCUGCGUAAGGCUCCGUGUGUGCUGAGGAAGUCAAAGGAAUUACUGCAGCGCAGGUCUGAUUUCCUCAUCUCUGAGGUGGGGUUGGAACCGUCCUACAUUGCUCAACGGUCAGUAAUUAUCAAUUACAAGCUGGAGGGCCGGAUGAAACCCAGGUACUACGUUGUAAAGUUUCUCAUGGAAAAUGGAUUGCUCAAGUGCAAACCAGGCUACUACUAUACCGCUUUCAAGGUGAGAGAGAAGGUAUUCAUGGAGAAGUUCAUUUGCCCUCACAAGGAAGUUGCGCCGCACCUCUCUGAAGACUAUGCAAGAGCUUGUGAAGGGGUAGUGCCGGCUAGAUUCAGAUUUACAUGA